CCCACCUCGGCCUCCCAAAGUGCUGGGAUUGAUUACAGGCGUGAGCCACGGUGUCUGACUGAUUGCAGUUUUAAAGGGCCCCAAAGAACAUUGUCUCUGCUUGCCAUUUAUAGUCGUACUCCUUUGAAAAAGUGAAUACUGUUUACCGUCAAUGUCCUCCCAUUAAUAUGCAGUAUAUUUAAGUCGUUUUCAGCCUUAUUGGCAGCUUGGCUUAAUGACAGGAGCUCCACAGUUGCCCCAGCACUUAACAGUUGUUAUACCCCAACUUCCCACAUUGGGUGAAAUCGAGAUUCCUGCCCUGUGUCUUGUUUUUAUUAAUCAAUUCAUUCAACAGCUUAUUUUUUGAGCACCAGUGUUUGCCAAGCACUGUUCUAGGUACUAGAAAUACAUUGGUGAAUGGGUGAGGCAACAGUCCUGUUUUCAUUCAGAGUUUGGUCCUUGUUAGAAUCCUCUGGGAUAUGGGACAAGAAUAUAGGGAAGAUGGGUGUUAUUGGAUGGAAGGAAGGAGGGAGGAAAGAAAGAUAGCCAGUGUUCACUGACUUCACAAUUCUGCCCUCAUCCACUAGCCCUGAGUCUGGGAAUCACAAGCUAGAAGUUUCUCACCCUUCAUCUGGUAUUUAAUUGCUUCAAAACUCCGACCCCCACCACCCCACCCAUCACAGAAAUCCAGCUUUCCUCAGGUGGACAGGGGUGCAGUUUCCUCAGUCAGCACUCACAUGCCUGAAAGAUCAGCUGCCUUUCUGAAUCAGAGGAUAACUUUGUCAUUCUUUUCCAAUUGAAAAAACAUGACUCAUCAAUUGGUACAGCAGUUGGAUGGCUUAAAGCCAGGCUGUGGCUCUGAACAGCCAGUUACACAAUUCAGGCAGUGGAGAGAAGGCCGUGGGGAGUGGCUGAGAAGUCCCUCAAGAGAAGAGCUUGCUGUUCACUGAUGGUGGAGUGUUUUGAGAGUGGUGAAACCAGGUUAUACCUUUCUUCUUUUAAUGUGCCAUGUGAUUCUCCGAGGGAGCAGCUGCGUGAGUGGAGAUGCUCUCGGUGGAGAAUGGACUGGACCCCCAGGCUGCCAUCCCGACACAUCAUCUCGGAGUUGGAGCACCUGACGUUUGUUAACACAGAUGUGGGCCGCUGCCGGGCAUGGCUGCGGCUGGCCCUGAACGACGGCCUGAUGGAGUGCUAUCUGAAGCUGCUGCUGCAGGAGCAGGCCCGCCUGCGCGAGUACUACCAGCCCACCGCCCUGCUCCGGGAUGCCGAGGAGGGCGAGUUCCUCCUUAGCUUCCUGCAGGGCCUCACGUCCUUGUCCUUCGAACUCUCCUACAAGUCUGCCAUCUUAAAUGAAUGGACGCUUACCCCACUGGCCCUGUCUGGGCUUUGCCCGCUCUCUGAGCUGGACCCUCUCUCUACCUCUGGUGCAGAACUACAACGAAAGGAGUCUCUGGAUUCCAUUUCCCAUUCCUCAGGCUCUGAGGACAUCGAAGUCCAUCACUCGGGCCAUAAGAUCCGGAGGAACCAGAAGCUGACUGCCUCCUCCCUCAGCCUGGACACGGCCAGUUCAUCCCAGCUGUCCUGCAGCCUAAACUCUGAUAGCUGCUUACUCCAAGAGAAUGGCUCCAAGAGUCCGGACCAUUGCGAGGAGCCCAUGUCCUAUGACUCAGACCUGGGCACAGCAAAUGCUGAGGACUCAGACCGGUCUCUGCAAGAGGUAUUGUUGGAAUUCAGCAAAGCCCAGGUAAAUUCUGUGCCAACCAACGGACUGAGCCAAGAAACGGAGAGCCCCACACCACAGGCCUUGCUCUCCCUCCAUGGCCUCAACACCAGCACACACCUGCACUAUGAGGCACCUGCAGAGCCCCUUCCUGCCCAGGCAGCCUCUGGAACUCAAGAUGGUGUCCACAUGCAGGAGCCGCGUCCCCGGGCGCCCAGCGCCCUGGACUUACAGCAGCAUGUAGAGAGCACCUCAGGCCAGCAGCCUUCUAGUACCGUCAGCAAGACAGCCAGAGAAGUGGGCCAAGGGAAUGGCCCACAGAAGGCCCAGGCUCAUGACGGAGCUGGUCUGAAGCUGGUAGUUUCCUCACCCACCAGUCCGAAAAACAAGAGCUGGAUCUCAGAAGAUGACUUUUACCGGCCUUCCCAGGAGCAACCCCUGGAGAUUGCUUCAGACCACCCAAUAGCUUCUUCCAGGGGGACUCCAGAGUCAAGGCCUGGUCUCCACAGGCAUUUUUCUCAAGGACCAAGAAAAAGCUGCUCCCUAGGGGCAUUAGACCAAGCGUGUGUACCUUCCCCAGGAAGAAGGCAAGCCCAGGCAGCCCCAUCCCAGGGGCAUAAGAGCUUCCGGGUGGUACACCGGAGACAGAUGGGACUGUCCAACCCGUUCCGGGGUCUCAUGAAGCUAGGUACCGUGGAGCGGCGGGGGGCAAUGGGCAUCUGGAAGGAGCUCUUCUGUGAGCUCUCCCCGCUGGAGUUCCGCCUCUACCUGAGCAACGAGGAGCGCACCUGUGUGGAGAACUGCUCCCUGCUGCGCUGUGAGUCUGUGGGGCCGGCCCACAGUGACGGGCGCUUCGAGCUGGUCUUCUCUGGCAAGAAGCUGGCCCUGCGCGCCUCCUCCCAGGAUGAAGCCGAGGACUGGCUGGACCGGGUGCGGGAGGCCCUGCAAAAGGUCCGGCCUCAGCAGGAGGAUGAGUGGGUGAACGUGCAGUACCCAGACCAGCCUGAGGACCCCCCUGAGGCGCCCCAGGGCUGCCCCUCUCCCUCAGACCUGCUGUCGGAGCCCACGGCCCUCCAGGGCACGCAGUUUGACUGGUCGUCCGCCCAGGUUCCAGAGCCAGAUGCCAUCAAGGAGUCCCUGCUGUACUUGUACAUGGACAGGACCUGGAUGCCCUAUAUCUUUUCCCUGUCCUUGGAGGCUCUGAAAUGUUUCCGCAUCAGGAACAAUGAGAAGAUGCUGAGUGACAGCCAUGGCGUGGAGACCAUCCGGGACAUCCUGCCAGACACGAGCCUUGGGGGCCCGUCCUUCUUCAAAAUCAUCACGGCCAAGGCCGUCCUGAAGCUGCAGGCCGGGAACGCGGAGGAGGCUGCCCUGUGGAGGGACCUGGUCCGCAAAGUCCUGGCAUCCUACUUGGAGACGGCCGAGGAGGCGGUGACCCUGGGCGGGAGCCUGGAUGAAAACUGUCAGGAGGUUCUGAAAUUUGCCACCCGGGAAAACGGCUUCCUGCUGCAGUACCUGGUGGCCAUCCCCAUGGAGAAAGGCCUUGACUCCCAAGGCUGCUUCUGCGCAGGCUGCUCCCGGCAGAUCGGCUUCUCCUUUGUACGACCCAAGCUCUGUGCCUUCUCUGGCCUCUAUUACUGUGACAUCUGCCACCAAGACGAUGCCUCAGUGAUUCCGGCCAGGAUCAUCCACAACUGGGACCUCACCAAGCGCCCGAUCUGCAGGCAGGCCCUGAAGUUUCUGACACAGAUCCGGGCCCAGCCCCUCAUCAACCUGCAGAUGGUGAACGCGUCUCUGUACGAGCAUGUGGAGCGGAUGCACCUCAUUGGGAGGAGCCGGGAGCAGCUGAAGCUCCUGGGGGAUUACCUGGGCCUGUGCCGGAGCGGCGCCCUGAAGGAGCUCAGCAAGAGGCUCAACCACAGGGAUUAUCUCUUGGAGUCUCCGCAUAGGUUCAGUGUUGCUGACCUCCAGCAGAUUGCAGACGGGGUGUAUGAAGGAUUCCUCAAGGCCCUGAUUGAAUUCGCCUCCCAGCACGUCUACCACUGCGACCUGUGCACCCAGCGCGGCUUCAUCUGCCAGAUCUGCCGGCACCACGACAUCAUCUUCCCCUUUGAGUUUGACACCACAGUCAGGUGUGCCGAGUGCAAGACCGUCUUCCACCAGAGCUGCCAGGCUGUGGUGAAGAAGGGCUGCCCCCGCUGUGCCCGCCGGCGCAAAUACCAGGAACAGAAUGUUUUCGCCUGAUGCCCAUCUGCUGACCCCGUUCUGAAGGCCGGGGGUGAGUGUGGCUCAGCCAUCCCAGCUGGGUUUGCCAUCAGCCCAGGAUACUCACCGUGUCACAGCUGUGUCCCCUUGUCAGGAAGACCCUCAGAUGUGACCAGAGCACCGGCCUUCCAGAGAAAGCCCAGGAAGCCCCUGUGAUGUCCCCUGGCCCCCUCACCACCCCUCUGCUGCAGGAGGCGUGGCCACCGCCAGAUGCUCCCUGUCUCCGGGCAGACAGGGCCUUUCACUCACCAGGCCCUGGCUCACCAGCGUCCCGGCACCUCUGUUAGGGCUGCCCAAACACUGUGGAAAGGAGGCUUGGGGAGCAUUUUCAAUUCCACAUUCCUGAUUAAAAGGUCUAGUUUUUUAAGGUGGGUUUUUCCCAUUCAUAUUUCAACAGAAAGUAUUUUUUUAUUCUUGAUCCUACGCAAGUCACCCAAGAAAUCAAGACAUUCUCACCCCCAGUGGGUGCACAGGAGCCACUCAGGCCUGGCCUAGAGGCAGCGGGUGGCUGGCGGGCAGGCCACUGCUGGGACAGGGCCUGUGGGCCCACCCAGUGCCUUUCCUUGGCCCUCACUGCCAGUGCCAAACCGCCCCUCAGCAGGGCAGGGCCAGUCCUGGUGACCCCGCUUCCUCUCCGUCUCCUCUUUACUCCUCACCCCAGUGCGUCUCGCCUGCUGAGCACACCCCUUUCUCAGCGUCAGAGCCCCUAGCUCUUCUCUAGCUGGGGGCCUUGGCCCCAUUAGGAGAAGGAGAAAUGACUGGAAACCAGCACUGUCAGCACUUUGAGCCCUCCUCGGUUUAGGGAGGGUCACCGUCUUGCCCACCCCCUAUCCCCGUGCCCUCCUCACCCCUCUACAGAUAGGGGCGCUGCUGCAGAUGCUCCAGGCCCACCUUGGUGGGUGCCUGGGGUCACACUCUGCCUGACUAACCCCUGCCAGGGCACAGAUAGGCAGGACCCCGGAGAGGGCAGGCAGCCAUGCCCUGCACCGUGGAGAAGUGACCUGGUCCUUUGCCCUAAGCUGUGCGGGGCGUGCCGGGGAGCUGCCCUGUGGAUGCAGCUGCCGCCUCACAAAGCCAUGAAUUCCCACAGCAUCACUGAACUUGCCCAGCCAGGACACUGGAGACUGAAGAACUUCCCCGGAGCAGGACUGCCUUUGAAGGGGCCUUGAGGCUGGGGUGGGAGCCUGGAAUUGUUUUCAAAGCGAUGUUCAGACCCUCCAGGCUUUGGGGAAAUGUGGGUUUGCUGGUCUCUCUGUCGCCAUCCUCCACCUCUCCUGGACCCAGCAGGCCCUCAGUCCUAGCUGUCUUACCUGCGCUCAGCUUGGAGUCUGAGGCCUCAGGUGGAGAUCCGCAUGUCACUGUCAGAGAUGAGCCCACCUCCACCCUUCCCUGGGGGCGAUCAGCUGCUGAGUCACCCACCCAGCCUUGGAGCUGGAUCCCUGUGCAUCAGAACAGAGGCGGUGGUGGCAGGCAGGUGGAGGCUGCGCACAGCUUCUCCCGGUCAUGGCGCACACCUGUGCCCGGACGCCAACGCCUCCUAAGCCAGGAGCUGGGUUUAUGCACCGCCAUGGCCCACAUUAACGCUCCACCACAAGCCCGGCGUAGUCAGAGCCCUCAUUGCCCCAUGCCUGAGUGGGCAGGAGCCUGGCCUGAGGAGGGCUUGGGCCUGUGAGGAUUCUCUUUGAAGGUGCCCUUGGAGGCAGCAGGGUUGAGGCCCUGAGGGGCCCAUUCCCCAGAAGCUGCCAGUGCUUUCUGAUGCGUUGACUCUUCCUGCCUCCCCUCCCGCAGAAAGGUAGUGCCCACACUAUUUUAAAAUGUUAUUUUAUGCAAUACACUGUUCCUAGUGAGCAGGGCUCUGGCCCUGAGGAGUCUUUGCAAUGUAUUGAAGGAAUUGCUGCCGUGUGAGUUUUGAAUGAUUUUGCAGUAAAGACCUGAUCUUUCUCAUCA